AUGGCCCCUGGAGUCGAUCUAGACACCCUCAUAAAGUAUUACGAAGCAGGUUAUAAUGCUGUAAGAAAGCACACCAAAGAUGCUUAUGUCAUCCUUUCGAACAGAUUAGGAGAUGCUGACGCAAAGGAACUUCUGUCAUUUGCAAGCAGCCUCAAUCAGGUAGCCAUCGACGUGCAUUACUACAGCCUAUUUACAGAAGUGUUCAGCAACAUGAAUGUACAACAGAAUAUCGAUUACAUUUACAACCAGCGGUCUAGUGAUCUAAGUGUUGUGACUACUACGAACGGUCCCCUCAGUUUUGUUGGAGAAUGGAGUGGAGAAUGGGGAGUAAAUGGAGCAUCAAUAGAAGACUACCAAAGGUUUGGUAAAGCUCAACUAGAAGUUUAUGGGCGGGCCACUUUUGGAUGGGCAUAUUGGGCGUAUAAGUGUGCCGAGGACCACUGGAGCCUCAAAUGGAUGAUUGAGCAUAAUUAUAUAAACCUCUAG